GGUACCGAUCCAUUAGAUAUCGAGAGUGUUCGUCGUCGUAGUGACUAUCAAUUAGGUGUUCUUGUGAGAAAUGUAUCCGUGGUAUCGAGACAGCGUCGCGGCGGCGGCGGCAGCCGGCCUCGGGGGCCCCGUCGGAGUCGUCGGUUCCGGGUUCUGCUCAACCGGCCCAGGACAAGGUGGCACCACCAUCAAAACAGAGAGCGGAUAUUCGGAUUGCAUGCUGGCCCUGGACUAUGUGCAGAGCAAAAAAGCCUCUUUCGCGUGGUCUGAAGGAGUCGAGGAAGGCGGCGGAGGUGGAGGUGGAGGUGGUGGAGGAGGCGGUGGCGGAGGUACGGCUGGCACCGGAACCGGAAGCACGGGCCCAACCGCCACCGGAGGCGGUGGAUUGGCCCAUUGGGUCAGCGUGAUGGCGGAGCACAUCCACAAUCCACACUCGGCUACUGGGGUGGGCGGUGUUCAUCAUCAGCAGCAGUCGCCACCUCAGCCACCUUAUCCGUGGAACAACGGCCUAUCCAGCGAGCAAUGCAACCCCCACGACAAGGAGAGCGACUAUUGGGGCGGUGGACGGGGCGCGAAACAAGGUUACGAGCACUUUCUGUUGCAGGCGAAAAUGAACGUGGACCAUGGCCAACUGCAGAAGGGUGACGAUCAAUACCGAGGCGCUGGAGGAUCGAGCAGCGGAAGUCCUCCGGCGAGUCUGCUGGUGGUUCCUCAACCUUUGACCGUGAAACCCUCGCAUCCGUCGCAUCUCAACCCACAUCUUGGCGCACCGCACUCUCAUCCGCCUAGGAAGUACCAGUGCAAGAUGUGCCCACAGAUCUUCGGUAGCAAGGCGGACCUGCAGCUCCACACGCAGAUCCACAUGCGCGAGGCGAAGCCUUACAAGUGCACCCAGUGCGCGAAGGCGUUCGCGAACUCCUCGUACCUGUCCCAGCACACCAGGAUCCACCUGGGCAUCAAGCCGUACCGCUGCGAGAUUUGCCAGCGGAAGUUCACCCAACUGAGCCACCUACAGCAGCACAUCCGCACGCACACCGGCGACAAACCGUACAAGUGCCGGCAUCCAGGCUGUACGAAGGCGUUCAGCCAGCUGAGCAACCUACAGAGCCACUCCCGUUGCCACCAGACCGACAAGCCGUACAAGUGUAACUCCUGCUACAAGUGCUUCUCCGACGAGCCUAGCCUGCUCGAGCACAUACCGAAGCACAAGGAGUCCAAGCACCUUAAGACGCACAUCUGCCAGUACUGCGGCAAGAGUUACACACAGGAGACCUAUCUAGCCAAGCAUAUGCAGAAACACGCGGAGAGAACGGACAAGAGACCGCCGAUAAUCGGUACCGGUCUUAGGCCGUCGAUUCACGCGAUGGCGGCGCAUCAUCAGGAUCACUACUGGCCGAAAGUUAGCCCGGACUCGAUGAUCAGCGAUCUACACGAUCGGUUGCCCCAUCAUCACACCGACUACCAUCAGAAUCAGAAUCCGGAGAUGCUGUUACCAGGUCACGGACACCGUGGCGAUUACAAAGACAUAGAGAACGACUCGAGGCAACAGACACCGCAACCAGGGGCGAAUCAUCAUCCGAACAGUAGCUCAGCGUUCACACCGAUCUCCUCUAUCUCGAUAAACUCGAUCUCCUCUAUGCAACAUCCGUUGAACCCGCUGAACCACCUUCACUACCCAGGCAGCCAUCAUCCAGCCUCCAGGCCGUACCUCUACGAAGCGUUCAACUCGACGCAGAAAUCAUCGCCGGCGUCCUCGUCGUCCGGUGUCACGUCGGGCACCACGAGCAGCAAUCAGAACACGACCUCGUUCCCGAAUCAACUGAUCAGCCUGCAUCAGAUCAGGAAUUACGCUCAUCAGCCGAAUCUAGGGAAUCUAGGGAACCUGGGGAAUCUGGGGAACCUGAGCAAUCUAAGCAACCUCAGCGCGACGAUGGAGAGCCACGCUCUUCUCGGCGGACUCAAGGAGAAACAGUAA